GGCGGUGGCGGUCGAGAAGUUUAAAUGCGCGGCGGUUGGGCACACUCUGGUUCUGUUGCUGCUGCUCCGUCAUGGCGCUCAGGCUUACCAGGCACGCUCGCUCGUCGGCCGGUACCGCGGCGAAGAGCCGCCUGAUUGUCACCAAGCGCGCGGUGGCGGCCCCCAAGAUGGCCCUGCGCCCCCGCACUGCCCUGGGUGACAUCGGCAACCGCGUCGCUGAGCAGAAGACGCGGACUGCCGUGAAGAAGGCAGUGACGGAGGGGGGCUGCAGGCGGGAGCCGGCCGUCAAGCCCGCGUCCUCCACCUCCCUGGAGAAGAUGGCUACUAGGAGGACGGUGAGGCCUGCCGCCAAAGAGGAGGUGCUGCCACCAGUCCUGGAACCCAAGUCGGAGCCCCAGCCAGAGCCAUCCCAGUCGGAGCCUCAAUCUCCAAGCCCCAUGGAGACAUCUGGAUGUGCCCAAUCAGAGGACAUGCUGUGCCAGGCUUUUUCUGAUGUCUUGCUUGAUGUGGAAGACAGUAGCGAUCCAAACCUCUGCAGCAACUACGUGAAGGACAUCUACAAGUAUCUGAGAGACCUUGAGGAGAAUCAACCAGUCAGACCCAAAUAUCUGGCUGGCCGGGAAAUCAAUGGGAACAUGCGUGCCAUACUAGUAGACUGGCUUGUGCAAGUACAGGUAAAAUUCAGACUCCAGCAAGAGACCUUGUACAUGGCAGUUGCUAUCAUGGAUCGCUUUCUGCAGGACAAUCCUGUUUCCAAGAAGAUGUUGCAGCUGGUUGGUGUCACAUCUAUGUUCAUUGCCAGCAAAUACGAAGAGGUAUUUCCCCCGCUCAUUGGAGACUUUGUCUAUGUAACUGAUCACACUUACACAAAGUUCCAAAUCUGCCAGAUGGAGAUGAAGAUCCUGCAAGCCCUGGAGUUUGGUCUGGGUCGCCCUCUCCCUCCGCACUUCCUAAGAAGAGCAUCAAAGAUUGCAGAGGUGGACUUUGAACAGCAUAAUCUGGCCAAGUACCUGAUGGAGUUAUCCAUUGUGGACUAUGAUAUGGUUCACUUCCCUCCAUCCAAGACUGCAUCAGCUGCUUCCUGUUUGGCUCUGAAACUCCUCAAUGGAAGUGAGUGGACACCAACUCUGCAACACUACAUGGCUUAUACUGAGACUGAUCUUCUCCCAGUUAUGCAGCACAUAGCAAAGAACCUAAUUCUUGUGAAUGAGGGCAUUACCAUGCAUAUGGCAAUCAAGAAGAAAUAUGCCAGCAGAAAAAAUGCCAGGAUAAGUGUCAUUCAACAGCUAGAUUCAUCUCUUAUAUGGAAUCUGGCCCACCCUCUGAUUAAAAAGUCGUAACCGCUCCGUGAACUUAAGCAGAAUGUUAGCACUGUGUAUAUAAUGUAUCUUCGUCGUGUAUUUUAUGUCUUUUAAUA